AACAAGGAGUGCAAUGAAGCCAAAUGUGUGCUCAAAGUAUUCAAUUGGUUCUAUUCGGGGGUCUUCUACCAGUUGUACACCAUUUGGAAGCAAAAGAAUAAGACUAUCGUUGAUUCCGGUUAUGUGUUGAAAGACAUUCGUAAGACUGUGCGAAAGAAUGUGAAACAAGUGAUAGUGGAUGUGUUGAGCUAUAAGAAUGAAUUGGAGACUAAAAGCAAUGCAAAGCCUAAUGAAGACGAUAUAGCGUUCAGCAAUUUGGGUGAUAUGUUCGCAGAGCUCGAAGAAUAUAAGCCACAGUAA